UCCAGAUGUUCAGUUCCAGCUCCACAUUUGGGGCUAAACCAUCAUUAUUUGGCAGCACUACAACUACCACGGCUACAAAUCCAAAUUCUGAAGACAUUGCUGUGGAAGGCUCGCCAGAUGAUACCGUUCAAGUAUUGCGAUUUAGUCCUAACGUGAAUGAAAAACCAUUGCUGACUGCGGGAAGUUGGGAUGGUGUGGUACGGGUAUGGAUGGUAAACGACAAUGGACAAUGCGAAGGCAAAGCGCAACAGAAUAUUCCAGCACCUAUACUCGACCUUUCCUGGACAGAUGACGGUACUAAAAUCUUCAUAUCAGCUGGUGGCAAAGAAGUACGGUUAUGGGAUUUGGCCUCGAAUCAAAUGGCAGUUGUUGGCACCCAUGAUGGACCAGUGAAGACAUGCCACUGGAUUAAAGGUAAUAAUUAUUCAUGUUUAAUGACUGGAUCAUGGGAUAAGACGUUGCGGUUUUGGGACAUGCGACAGCUACCCACUCAGACAUCAUUAGCGAACAUCACGCUACCUGAGCGAGUAUUUUGCGCCGAUGUGCUAUAUCCUAUGGCAGCAGUAGGUCUGGCCAACCGUCACAUAAAAGUCUACAAUCUUGAAAAUGGGCCGCAAGAAGUAAAGAAUAUCGAAAGCCAGUUGAAGUUUCAGCAUCGAUGUGUCUCGAUAUUCAAGGACAAAACAAAUUCGAUGCCAUGCGGUUUCGCUGUUGGAUCAAUAGAAGGUCGUGUGGCGAUUCAUUAUGUGGAGACAUCUAACCCGAAAGAUAAUUUCACAUUCAAGUGCCAUCGAUCAGCUGAAGUUGUAAAUGGAUACCAAGAAAUCUUUGGUGUGAACGAUAUCAAAUUCCAUCCACAGCACAACACAUUGGUAACGAUUGGCUCAGAUGGACGUUACUCAAUGUGGGAUAAAGAUGCCCGAACAAAGUUGAAAACGUCCGAUGCGGCACCGUUGCCGCUCACAUGCGCCUCAAUUCAUCCGUCGGGACAAGUGAUGGCAUACGCGAUAGGAUACGACUGGAGUCGGGGCCAUGAAGGAAACACUCAGCCAGGAUCGAAAAUUAUGCUGCACAAUUGCUCAGAGGAUAUGAAGCCAAGAGCGAAGAAAUAGUGUUUGUUCAUCAUAAAUCUUUGCUUCCUGACAACUGCCACAAUUGUUUUGAUGUGUGGUCACUACCUGACAAUCAUUCCCGUGGUUUUUCAUGAUACUCAUGUUUGCUUGUUACGUAUAAAUAUUUUCAUGUGCUG